UGCGACUCAUCACCAUCAAGCCAAUGGCGGCCCAGCCCACAUACUCCUACCCAUCCUCCUCCAGUCACAGCCAGGACUCAGUCGUCCUCAAUGGGGAGGCAAACGUGGGGCUCAAGCAGAAGUCCGACAUCGAACACUACAGGAACAAACAACGGCAGAAAGCCAACAGAAAAGGCUACUGUGAUUUCCCUGUUACAGACAAUGGCAUCCACCCAUUCAACCCCAGAGAGAGGCACAGCAGGCAUGAUAAUGCCAAGGAGCCAAUGACUGCUGAGGAGAAGAGGGCAUCCUAUGCAGGAUGCCACAUCAGGAGGCAUCCCCCAUCCAGAGAGCCAGCCUACUGGAGCCGUCAGUCCCUGGCUGCCAGCAGCCCUGGCCCCGUGGAGACGGAGAUGGACCUGCUGGUCCUCAGGGAGAGGUCUAGAAGAGGGAUCCGCAACAGCGGCUAUGACGUGGAGCCGUUUGAGGAGACCAACGUGGACCGACUGAUGAGCUCCCUGGUUAUGGUGGAAGCCAUCAGGUCAAGGUCUCUCGACUCGUCCACUCUGAGCUCUCAGCCUUCCAUCGGCGAGGUCCGUCAGCAGAUGCAGCUCCUGCUGGUCCUACAACCCAGUCACACCAGCCCCUACUCCGAGGGAUGA